CGCUCCUCUCUCGCCACAUUCGCCACACGACUCGACUCUCCACACACCGCCUCAGCACCAUGUCGAACAGCUACAUUGUCGUGUUCAAGCCCGAGUCGGAGGGCGAGCACGCGUCCACGAACGCGAUCAACGACCUCGCGAGCAAGGUCGAGGGCUCGGGCGGCAGCAUCAAGCACCGCUACGACUCGAAGGUCAUGCGUGGAUUCGCCGGCUCGUUCUCGGAGGACCUCAAGUCGGAGCUCGAGCAGCACCCGGGCGUCAAGUACAUCGAGGCCGACCAGCCGGUCAACACGCAGUAGAGCGCUCCUGCACGAGCCCACCUGUACACCACCAGAGCCCGCAAUGCCAGUCCCAAGUCGUCCUUGUC